GCAGGGUCCGAUGGCGGCGGCCCCGCCGAGGCUCCCGGCUGAGGUUGGUGUGACCUUUGAGGACAUUGCCCUGUACUUCUCCAGGAAGGAAUGGAGCCUCCUUGAUGAGAGUCAGAGACGCCUGUACCUGAAUGUGAUGCUGGAGAACUUUGAACUCAUAUGCUCAUUGGGUUGCUGCUGUGGAGCAGAGGAUGUGGAGGCACUGAUUGAACAGAAUGUUUUUAUAAGAGUAUCAGAGGCAAGGAAUUCCAAGUUAGCUUUGUCUUCCCAGAAGAGCCACCCCUGUGAGAGUUGUGGAUUAGUCUUGAGAAAAAUUUUCCACUUGAUUGAGCUGCAGGAAACAGAACCCAGGCAGAUACUAUUGAGGUGUGGGGCCUGUGCAAAACAAUUUUAUUUUAGUGCAAAAUUUCACCAGCACCAAGAGCAGCAUGUGGGAGAGAAGCCUUUCAUAAGUGUGGACAGAAUCUCAUUUGCAAAUGGCUUCGAUUUCAUUGUGUCCCAGAAGCAUUUUACCUGCGGGGAGUUAGGGCAGGACAUCCUUACUGGGUCAGGAGAGAAACCCUUUGUAUGCAGUGAAUGUGGAAAAGGCUUCCCAGUAAAGAACAAGCUUCUUUUACAUCAACGGAUUCAUACAGGAGAAAAACCUUAUGUCUGUAGUGAAUGUGGGAAAAGUUACACCAGGAAAAGCUGUCUGAUUAUACAUCAGAGAUCUCACACAGGAGAGAAACCUUAUAUCUGUAGUGAAUGUGGUAAAGGUUUCACCAGGAAGAGCUGUCUGACUAUACAUCACCGAUCUCACACAGGAGAGAAUCCCUAUGUAUGCAGUCUAUGUAGAAAAGCCUUCCCCGCAAAGGGCAAGCUGGUUUUACAUCAACGAACUCAUACAAGAGAGAAACCUUAUAUCUGUGGUGAAUGUGGGAAGGAUUUCAAUGCAAAGUAUCAUCUGAUUGCACAUCAGCGAAAACACACAGGUGAGAAGCCCUAUGUAUGUAGUGUAUGUGGGAAAGGCUUCACAAUGAAAGGCGAUCUCAUUUCACAUCAGGAAACUCAUUCUUCAGUGAAACAUAUGUGCAAUAAAUGUGGGAAACUCUUCACAUUAAAGCGAUCGCUGCUUGAAAAUCAGCAAUUUUGUGCAGGAGAGAAAACUUAUAUCUGUGGUGAUUGUGGAAAAGACUUCCCAGUGAAGGCCAAGUUUGUUUUACCUGAACUGACUCCUAUAGGAGAGAAACCUUAUAUCUGCAGUGAAUGCAGUAAAGGUUUCACCAGGAAGAGCUGUCUAAUUGUACAUCAGCGAUCUCACACUGGAGAGAAACCCUUUGUAUGCAGUGAAUGUGGAAGAGGCUUCCCAGUGAAGGACAAGCUUGUUGUACAUCAACGGACUCAUACAGGAGAGAAACCUUAUAUCUGUAGUGAAUGUGGGAAAGGUUUCAUCACGAAGAGCUGUCUGAAUGUACAUCAGCGAUCUCACACAGCAGAGAAACCUUAUAUCUGUAAUGAAUGUGGGAAAGGUUAUACCAGGAAGACCUGUCUUAUUGUACAUCAGCGAUCUCACACAGGAGAGAAUCCCUAUGUAUGCAGUGAAUGUGGAAAAGCCUUCCCAGCAAAGAGCAGGCUGGUUUUACAUCAAGGGACUCAUACAGGAGAGAAACGUUACAAAUGUAGUGAGUGUGGGAAAGAUUUCAAAGCAAAGCAUCGUCUGAUCGCACAUCAGCGGAAACACACAGGUGAGAAGCCCUACGUAUGUAGUGUAUGUGGGAAAGGCUUCAGAAUGAAAGGUGAUCUCAUUUCACAUCAGCAAACUCAUUCUUCAGAGAAACCAUAUAUGUGCAAUCAAUGUGGGAAACAUUUCACCAGAAAGAGAACGCUGAUUGAACAUCAGCGAUUUCAUACAGGAGAGAAACCAUUUAUCUGUAGUGAAUGUGGGAAAGGUUUCAUCGUGAAGAAAUCUCUGAAUGUACAUCAGCGAUCUCACACAGGAGAGAAACCCUUCGUAUGCAGUGAAUGUGGAAAAGGCUUCCCAGUGAAGGACAAGCUUGUUGUACAUCAGCGGACUCAUACAGGAGAGAAACCUUAUAUCUGUAGUGAAUGUGGGAAAGGUUUCGCCACAAAGAGCUGUCUGAUUGUACAUCAGCGAUUUCAUACAGGAGAGAAACCUUAUAUUUGUAGUGAAUGUGGGAAAGGUUUCAUCGUGAAGAAAUCUCUUAAUGUACAUCAGCGAUCUCACACAGGAGAGAAACCCUUUGUAUGCAGUGAAUGUGGAAAAGGCUUCCCAGUGAAAGACAAGCUUGUUGUACAUCAACGGACUCAUACAGGAGAGAAACCUUAUAUCUGUAGUGAAUGUGGGAAAGGUUUCAUCACGAAGAGCUGUCUGAAUGUACAUCAGCGAUCUCACACAGCAGAGAAACCUUAUAUCUGUAGUGAAUGUGGGAAAGGUUACACUAGGAAGACCUGUCUCGUUGUACAUCAGCGAUCUCACACUGGAGAGAAUCCCUAUGUAUGCAGUGAAUGUGGAAAAGCAUUCCCAGCGAAGAGCAGGCUGGUUUUACAUCAAGGAACUCAUACAGGAGAGAAACGUUUUAAAUGUAGUGAAUGUGGGAAAGAUUUCAAAGCAAAGCAUCGUCUGAUUGCACAUCAGCGAAAACACACAUGUGAGAAGCCCUAUGUGUGUAGUGUAUGUGGGAAAGGCUUCACAAUGAAAGGUGAUCUCAUUUCACAUCAGCAAAGUUUUUCUUCCGAGAAACUGUGUAUGGACAGUGAAUGUGUGAAACAAUUCAUCAGAAAGAGAUCACUGAUUGAACAUCCGUGAAUUCAUACAGAAGAGAAACCUUAUAUCUGUAGUUAAUGUGUGAAAGGUUUCAUCCUAUUGAAAUCUUUAAAUGUAUAUCUGUGAUCUCACAUAAGAGAGAAACCUCUGUAUGCAGUGAAUGUGGAAAAGCCUUCCCAGUGAAGGCACAACUGGUUUUACAUCAGUGGACUCAUGCAGGAGAAAAAUCUUAUAUCUGUAGUGACUGCUGGAAUGGUUUCAUCAGAAAGAGCCAUCUGAUUCUUCAUCAGCAAUCAGGAGAGAAACCUGAUAUCUGCAGGAAAUGUGGAAAAGACUUUCCAGUGAAGAACAAGCUUGUUUUACACCAGUGGACUCAUACAGGAGAGAAACUUUAUUUCCGUACUAAAUGCAGUCAAGAUUUCACCAGGAAGGACUAUCUGAAUAUGCAUGAGCAAUUUCCCACAGGACAGCAAUACUUUGUAUGCAGUGAAUGUGGAAAAUGCUUCCCAGUGA